AUGACAAAUGUUCAAGGACAGUUAAAACUUCAUGCAAUGUUUGGAUUUAUUCUUCAUAAAGAUGAAGCUGCAUUACAAAAAAUUGAUCUUGAAACCAUGUCGUACAUCAAGACGAUUAACCUGAAAGCCUACAGCUGUGUCCCCCAGUCUCUGGCCUACACUCACCUAGGGGGCUACUACUUUGUUGGGUGCAAACCUGUAAGCCCGGGAGAAAGCCCACCUCAGCUCCUGGUGGAUGGUGUGACCGACUCUGUCAUUGGGUUCAACAAUGACGUGUCAGGCACACCCUAUGUCUCUCCAGAUGGCCACUACCUUGUCAGUGUGAACGACGUGAAAGGGCUGGUGAGGGUGCAGUACAUCACUAUCAGAGGAGAGAUCCAGGAGGCUUUCGACAUCCACACGAACCUGCACAUAGCCGACCUGGCCUUCCAGCCGUCCUUCACUGAGGCACACCAGUACAACAUCUACGGCAGUUCCAGCAGGCAAACGGACGUGCUGUAUGCAGAACUGUCCUCCGGGAAGGUCAAGAUGAUCAAGAGUCUGAAAGAGCCCCUCAAGGUAGAAGAGUGGCCCUGGAGCCGCAAGAACAGGCGAAUCCAGGGAAGUGGCUUGUUUGGUCAGUACUUGAUGACACCCUCCAAGGACUCCCUCUUCAUACUGGAUGGUAGACUCAACAAGCUGAACUGCGAGAUCACCGAUGUGGAGAGGGGCAACACCGUGGUUUGGGUUGGGGACGCCUGA